CUAUUUUGUGGAAAGUUUGAAAAUAAACAGUGAGGAUUGAAUAAAAAAUGGAGAUAAAACAUCGCGACGGAGCUCACGAAAUGUAUCAUAGAAUAAUACAGCCUGAGUAUGAAAGGAUGGUCAUACAGCAUGUAUUUAAGAAUAAGAUUAAUUUAAAGUCAGGAGCAACCAGUCAACUUCUACAGAAAAGACCAAAAACAACAGGGUAUCUCAGUCGGAAACGACAUUUCACAGAAGUUCGCAGGCUUGCAACUCCUCAUUCAACUAGUUAUUGGAAACCUGGAACUUUUGAUCAAUGGAAAUGGAACUCUAAAGCUGGUUCUACGGUCCUCAGUGUCAAAAUGAUGCAGGAUGCACAUUCCACGGUUUACCCUCGUCUGACAGAUGACAAAAAUUUGAAGGCUUCAUCACUGAGUAAUACUUUCAGUGCCACAACACGGGUACGGGAAGUGCCAGUGAGCAGUAUCUACAGACGAGAGAUGCAAGAGUUCAGAUGCAGGAGUCCUUCUGCACGUGGAGUUCGUUCUAUUCCUCUCACUAAUAGAUCUCUCGUCGCUCCUCCUCAGAGUGUAAAGUCAUCAUACAUAACAGUUCGAACUAUGGAAGAACAUGGUGGGAGAUUAAAAGGAAGCCAUCAAGUAAUGCGACAUCUGGUUGAAAAAGAAAGAAUGGAACGAACUAGAGAAUUGAAAAGACAAGCACAGAUAUCGGAACAUAGGAUGGACAGGAUGUAUUACAUGAAUGGUGCACCAGCAAAACUUCACGAAAAAUAUGAUGUCUCAGAAGUAGACUUAGAAAGGCUGCAAUCCAUAGCUGUAUCCCAAGGGAUCAAAAUUAGUCCUUCUAUAUCAUCCUUCCACUCACGGAAUAAACUCAAAACGACGUCCGCUCCAAACUCAUCUCCACGUGAUAUGAACAGCGCAGCAGGGUUACGAAGCAGUGAUGUCGAAAGUGGAACUAAAACAAUAAUUCCAACUGCGGAUAUUCUUUCUGUAGGGGGUGAUUUUGUCUCGGAGGAUGGUUUAUCGGAAAAACUAGGUAAUAUGUCAGGUCGAGAAGAUGCUGCGACCUCUGAUUAUGGUGAAGACCUUGAAAGAGGUUCCAAGGUCGAAUCUGUGGAAGGUCAAAGUCCAGAAUUGAAAGUUCAAGAACCAGAACACCACGGAAAUGAGGAAGUUGAAGUUAUAGAUAGUCAUGAACCACAAGGUUCAAAUGUCAAAGUUGAAAGUUCACAUGAAAAUGAGGAAGUUGAUAAUUUACCUAAUAAUGAUGAUGACCAGCAAUCUAUGAAAUCAGAUUCAGCUCUUCUAUCUCCAGAAGCAUUGAAUGCUCCUUUAGCUGUUUCAGGGGCAUUUUUGACUGAUUUAACUGGUGGGGACUGACACAAGAAUCAUCAUACUGUUUUUGAUAAUUUUUGAAAUGCCCGUUAUGGUGAAUUCUAAUUAACCGGUCCUGCCAAACAUUUGUUUAAAAUCCGAGAAUGAUUCAGACAUCCAAAAUUGCCAAUUCAAAUAAUUUUGAAGAGACUUUUAUGGCAACUUAUGUGAUUAGCCUGAUUUGUAAUACAUGGCCUUAAAAAGCUGUUGGGUAGGCCAGGAACCAUACACAGUACUGUGGAAAAUUUUGUUUGUGAAGUCAGAUGGACAAUUUUUCAAAAGUGUAUUUAAUUGGAGGAAUCCGUUUACCUCCAUAAUUAAACACUUGGGUUUUAUGUUUUUUAUUUUUGAACAUCUGUUGGCUAAUAAGAGUAAAAAUACUUUUAUCUGAUAUUUCUGUUUGUUAAUAUUUUGGCUAAUACUGUACUGUGCGGUAAUAGACUCAAAACCGAUCAGAACAAGUUGAACAACCAUUGGAGGUCCAGAAGUGAAUGUAUAAAGUGACUGAAAACUAUGGGCAUAUUCAUUUAUUCAUUCAUGGGUAUAUUCACUGGGCUAACACAGACAGUUCUCGAACUCGUAAUAAAACUAAAAUAAGGAAAAUCGGAGUAAAAUUAUGGCCUAACCCUCACCUGGUACACAUACUGUGGGAAUACUUUUUCAAUAUUAG